UCAUCACUGUGUUUAAAAUUAAUUAUAAGCUCAAGAAUACAUUGUAAACAAAGUGUUUGAAUCACUGUCAACAUGCCUAUCCCAGAAUAUUUUGAACUGGAUAAUGGUGAUAGAAUGCCGUGCGUCGGUUUUGGAACCUGGCAGGCAACAGACGAGGUACUGGAAAGAGCAGUAGACGCAGCCUUAGCAGCAGGCUAUCGUCUAUUCGACACGGCCAGGGCAUACGAAAAUGAAGCAGCCCUAGGACGUUCUCUUAGGAAAUGGACUGGGGAAAAUCCUGAUAAGAGAAAGGAGCUCUUCGUUAUCACCAAACUACCUCCAGGGGGAAAUCGUCCAGAAUUGGUGCAAGAGUACUUCGACGCAUCGUUACGGGACCUAGGUCUUGAUUACGUGGACAUGUACUUGAUACACACACCGUUCGCAUUCGAACACGUACCUGGUGACUUGCACCCAAAGAACCCUGAUGGCAGUAUGAAAAUCGACCACACUACCGAUUUGCUUGGAGUAUGGAAAGUAUGUGUAUUUUUUUCUUUACAUGCUCUAAUGAUGUACCUACGUUUUGUAUAUGAUGGUCUAUUAUAAUUAAUUUAAGGCAGGUACUUGUAAAGUCUAGCAUUCGGAAGAAAGUAAAAAGUCUAUCUAUUCUAUUGUCAAUUAGGUCACAUUUGCCUAUGGCAUCACUACUAACAAUAUUAAAUCUCGCAAGAUGAGAAGGAGCACU